AUGGGGAAGGUAGAGGAGUAUAAGCCGGUGAUGGUGAUGAUUGGGCUGCAACUGUGUUACGGAGGAGUGACUCUUUCCUCAAGAGCUACUUUGGUUCAUGGAACAAGCCCUCGAGUUUUUAUCCUCUAUAGGCAAGCCUUGGCCACCAUUUGCAUCUUCCCAUUUCUCUACUUCUCAAGGAGAAAAUCGAAGAUAUCUUCUUUAGGUCUAAAGAGCUUUUCGUUAAUAUUCAUGGUCUCACUUAUAGGCAUUACAAUCAAUCAAAAUCUGUAUUUUGAAGGUCUUUACUUAGCUUCAUCGUCGAUGGGAAGUGCCAUGGGUAACAUCAACCCUGCUGUCACCUUCCUAAUCUCAUUUCUCGUCGGAUACGAGAAGGUGAAUAUUAAGAACAUCAGAGGCUUAGCAAAGAUAGCAGGGACGGUCCUAUGUGUAAUAGGAGCGAUCUCCAUGACUCUUCUUCGUGGACCAAAGAUUCUCAACUCAGAAUCUAUUUUAUCCCUAGCGAACUCGUUGCUAGGAGAUGUUAAGGACCAAAACAUGUGGCUGAUUGGUUGUUUGUUCUUGUUCUCUAGUAAUCUUUGCUGGUCUUUCUGGCUCAUUCUUCAGGUUCCAAUAUCUGCCUAUUACCCAGAUCACCUCUCUUUGUCUGCAUGGAUGUGCUUAUUCGGAACGGUGCAAUGUGCAGUCGUCACUUUCUUCCUUGAGAAAGACCCAAAUGCUUGGAUUCUCCAUUCUUACUCCGAGUUUGCUACAUGUCUCUACGCUGGAGUUGUAGCGUCAGCGCUAUCUUUUACCGUCCAAGCUUGGGUUAUAUCUAAAAGAGGCCCUUUGUUCUCUUCAAUGUUUAACCCACUCUGUACAGUCAUUGUCACAAUCUUGGCUUCUCUGUUCCUCAAAGAAGAGAUUUUCACUGGAAGCUUAAUCGGAGGAAUAUGUGUGAUAAUGGGGCUUUACAUUGUGCUCUGGGGUAAAGCAAAAGACGUCAUGAUGAAUCAAGAAGAGAGAGACAAUAAAAACAACUCAGAAGUGAAGAUUCAUAUAGAAGAUUCUUCAAACACAACAAACUGUAAUAAAGAUUUAGAGAAUCCUCUUCUGUCCAAACAUAAAUCAGCUGGAGAAAUCCAAAACAUCAACAACUAA